GAUUGUUUUCCUUUCUCAAUCGGAUUCUCAUCUGAUAAAGGUCCCAUAAACACACCAUGAAAUGAUAUAGGGCUACUCUUUCCCGAAGGCCAAUUUUUUUUCCAAGUGUUAAGGUACUUUACGUAGAGAAAACACUUUCAAUUUGGAAGCCUUUUACUAGGGAUGUUGUCGUGGGCCAAACAACCCAACCCUACCAGAACCCGAAAACACUUUCAAUUUGGAAGCCUUUUACUAGGGAUGUUGUCAUGGGCCAAAAAACCCAACCCUACCCGAACCCGAAUACACUUUCAAUUUGGAAGCCUUUUAGUAAAAGGCUUUUACGCAAACCAUGAUGCAGUAUCUCCGGAUUCACCAAGUCAGAUUGGCAGUUUUACGAUUCGUACUUUUCAAAUUUCCCACGCAGAAGCAGCAUGUGUCAAAGUGAGAGUUCAGCUAAAUCUCCACGGAAUUGUCACCAUCGAUUCAGCUUCUGAUCUAGAACGUAUUGCAGGACGUGCAAGUACAUACUACAUUGUGAAAUCAAACUCUCCUCCUAAGAAAUCAGAGCAUAACGGAUCACAUGGAAGUAGAAAAUCAGAUGAUAUGGAGCUUGAUCAUUGAUUUUUUUCACCAAGAACAGUGUCAUGGUGUAUCACUCUCAUGUUCGGUUUCUUUUAUUUUCCUUUUCGGUCACCGGUUUGAAACGAUUUUCCUCCCGGUUUGAUUUUUCAGAUUUUUUUUCUUAUUUUGAAUCCUUUUUUCCCGCUAAUCAACUUUACACCGU